GAGGGGGAGGGCACACGGGAGGAAGAAGGAAGCCGCCAUCUUGGAGCGUCGAAUCGCCAUAACAAGGCACCAAGCGGGCGAGUGCGAGGACUUUUUUACCCGGGAGAGCGGGGAGCGCAGCCGGCGGCGGCGACUGAAGUGAGUGAAUUCAGAUAUAAUUCAACUUUGUUAGAGGGCUUUUUUAAAAAAAAAAGUUGUUCCACGGUGCAUCAGAGCAAGUUACUACUUUACUGUUGAGUGACUUACAGGUGCUUGCCUGCAUUGCAAUAAAGGACUCAUAUAUUGAGCAAGACUUAUUUAUCUCUUCAUUUUGGAGAGUCUAAUAAACUGUUAUUACAGUUUCUGUACUGACUUUCAAAGUUUUGAAGUCUAAAAAGACAUCUUUACAAAGAAAAACAUGAGCACGGCCAGAACAGAGAACCCUGUUAUAAUGGGUCUAUCCAGUCAGAAUGGGCAGCUGAGAGGCCCUGUAAAACCAAGUGGGGGCCCAGGAGGUGGGGGGACACAGACUCAGCAACAGAUGAACCAGCUGAAAAACACCAACACAAUCAAUAAUGGCACUCAACAGCAAGCACAGAGUAUGACCACCGCUAUUAAACCUGGUGAUGACUGGAAGAAGACUUUAAAACUCCCUCCAAAAGAUCUGAGAAUCAAAACUUCGGAUGUGACCUCCACAAAAGGAAAUGAAUUUGAAGAUUACUGUCUGAAACGGGAGUUGCUGAUGGGAAUUUUUGAAAUGGGCUGGGAAAAACCAUCUCCUAUUCAGGAGGAGAGUAUUCCCAUUGCUUUGUCUGGUAGGGAUAUCUUGGCUAGAGCUAAAAAUGGAACGGGCAAGAGCGGAGCCUACCUCAUUCCCUUACUUGAACGGCUAGACUUAAAGAAGGACAAUAUACAAGCAAUGGUGAUUGUUCCCACUCGAGAACUAGCAUUGCAGGUCAGUCAGAUCUGUAUCCAGGUUAGCAAACACAUGGGAGGUGCCAAAGUGAUGGCAACAACAGGAGGAACCAAUCUGCGUGAUGACAUAAUGAGGCUUGAUGAUACAGUGCAUGUGGUGAUAGCUACCCCUGGGAGAAUUCUGGAUCUCAUCAAGAAAGGAGUAGCAAAGGUUGAACACGUCCAGAUGAUAGUACUGGAUGAGGCAAAUAAAUUGCUGUCUCAGGAUUUUGUUCAAAUAAUGGAGGACAUUAUUCUUACGCUACCUAAAAACAGGCAGAUUUUGCUCUACUCAGCCACUUUCCCUCUUAGUGUACAGAAGUUCAUGAAUUCCCAUUUGCAGAAACCCUAUGAGAUUAACCUGAUGGAGGAAUUGACCUUGAAGGGAGUUACCCAGUACUAUGCCUAUGUAACUGAGCGGCAGAAAGUACACUGCCUCAAUACGCUAUUCUCCAGGCUCCAGAUUAACCAGUCAAUCAUUUUCUGCAACUCCUCACAACGGGUUGAACUGCUAGCCAAGAAGAUUUCCCAGCUGGGCUAUUCCUGCUUCUAUAUCCAUGCUAAAAUGAGGCAGGAACACCGUAAUCGUGUGUUCCACGAUUUCAGAAAUGGCUUAUGCCGGAAUCUUGUUUGCACUGAUCUGUUUACCCGAGGUAUUGAUAUCCAAGCUGUGAAUGUGGUGAUAAACUUUGAUUUUCCAAAGCUGGCAGAGACGUAUCUCCAUCGUAUUGGCAGAUCAGGUCGCUUUGGUCACCUGGGCCUGGCCAUCAACUUGAUCACCUAUGAUGAUCGAUUCAACCUGAAAAGUAUUGAGGAGCAGUUGGGAACUGAAAUUAAACCCAUCCCAAGCAACAUUGACAAGAGCCUGUAUGUGGCAGAAUACCACACCGAACCCGUAGAUGAUGAGAAACCUUAACCAUGCUUUGAUUACAAACACCAGAAGCUGAAGCCCCUUGAUCCAGAUCUGACACGCAUUGUUUCUUUGGGGAUAUCCUUCUCUUUUUGGGUUUUUCAUCUUCUUUUCAUUUUGGAACUAUGAAGACUAAAGCGCUCAGACGUAUUUUCUUUUCUUUUUAAAUUUGGCAGCAAGGAAGAAAGAAGAUAAAAGAAGGAAUACUUUUUUGUUUUUUCACUUGUUUGCACUGUGUGCUGCUGAUUGAACAUUAGUUGCACUAAACUGCUGGUUUUAAAUUUUUUUUUUCUUUUGGGGGGCGCAGGGGCAGCAGCAGCAAGGGAAGAAGAGAAACCCUGAAAAGAGAAGAAACUUGAUGAACAGAAGUUUGUCUGCAAUUUCAAAUUCUCCAACAGCUGACUGAGUGCAUUUCAACUUCUCCCUGGUUACUCAUCCGUUUUUAAGCUAAACAGCUUGUUACUUAUUCGUGCAAAGUGCCUUAUGCUAUGAGACCAUUCAGAAUAUCACCUUUCAGAUACAGCCCGUGGAAUCAACAGCUUUUUUUCUUUCCAGGUCAAAAGUUCCCAACCCUUCUCUUGCCCUCCCCCAACAAUAUUCAAGCCCAGGGCUGCGAGAUGAAACUAUCAGUAAUGUAACACUUUUUUUGUUUAACUUUUUUUUAAAUUGGAGGAGUUGAUAUGCAACUGCAGUUCACCCACACUGUAAAUACAUGUAUUUAAGACAAAAACAACUAAAAAUCUGGGCUGAUUAGGUGCAACAUCAUAGCUCUAGAAGGAAAGAGCAGCCUAUCAUCUUUUGCAGGAGCCAUAUGAAAAGCUCGUAUGCUCUAGCAGAACACUAAAGACUGGUUUCCAUAAGUCUCCAUUCGUAGUUACAGCACUUGAUAUGUAGACUUAUUUCAAAACCAUGGCCCUCCUUCCUCUGGCACAGUGUCCCAUUGAAAAUUGGAUGUGUAUACUUGUAUAAACUUGUAAAUAAGUU